CGAAAAGAAUUUUUUUUAGUAACUUUCUGGGCUUACAAAAAGGGCUGAGGUGGAGAGAACAGAAGGUGUUGUCCGUCCCUCACAGACAGAUCACGAAACAUCCAACACCAAUUCUGUAUUCGGGUUUUUCUUCAUUUUUAGCCGCUGUUUUUGAGAAGGCUCUGCAUCAGAGAGAAAACAACUGCUUUUUGACUGUUAACGGGCCUUUAUUUUAUACAAAGAGACCUGCAAUGUCUCUGCGAGGUGAUGUAUGCGUGGUGACGGGGGCCUGUGGAUUCUUGGGAAAGAGGCUGGUGAGGCUGCUGCUGGAAGAAGAGAAAAUGGCUGAGAUUCGACUUCUGGACAAACAGAUACAGCUGCAGUAUUUGCAGAGUUUGGAGGACUGCAAAGGUGAGACAAAGCUGCGAGCUUUCGAAGGGGACAUGAGGGACGGUGAUUUCCUGAUCAAAUGCUGCCGUGGGGCAUCGAUCGUCUUCCACAUCGCAUCCAUCAUUGACAUCAAAGACUCAGUGGAGUACAGUGAGAUUUUCGGAGUGAAUGUCAAAGGAACCCAGCUGCUUUUGGAGGCAUGUAUUCGGGAGAACGUGCCGUCCUUCAUAUACACCAGCACCAUUGAAGUGAUGGGGCCAAACUCCAAGGGAGAACCCAUAAUCAAUGGCAGUGAGGACACCGUCUAUGAGAUUACUUUGGGCAUCAACUACAGCAAGACCAAGAGGGAGGCUGAGGAGAAAACCCUGAAGGCCGAUGGUGAGGUGCUCCAGAACGGAGGCCAGCUAGCCACCUGUGCACUCAGACCUGCGUAUAUCUAUGGAGAGGGCUGCCGCUUCCUCCUAGGCCACAUGGCCGAUGGGAUAAAAAACCGAAAUGUUCUGCUUCGUAUGUCGCUCCCCGAGGCCCUUGUGAAGCCUGUCUAUGUGGGCAACGUGGCCGCCGCUCAUCUCCAAGCAUCCCGCAGCCUCAAAGAUCCGCAGAAAAGAAGUGCUGUUGGAGGGAAGUUUUACUUCGUUUCUGAUGACACACCACCUGUGAGUUAUUCAGACUUCAACCACGCCGUGAUGUCUCCUCUGGGUUUCAGUAUUCAAGAGAAACCCAUGUUGCCACUCACCCUCUUCUACUUACUAACUUUCCUUAUGGAGACAGUAGCCUGGAUCCUACGGCCUUUCAUACGCAUCGUCCCGCCACUGAACCGUCAGCUCCUCGUCAUGUUGAACACGCCAUUCAGUUUUUCCUAUGAGAAAGCCAAGAGGGAUCUAGGAUACGUCCCCAAAUACAGCUGGGAGGAAGCACGCAAAUGCACCACUGAAUGGCUCGCCUCCCAGUUGCCAGCAGAGAGAGAAAGAAUCUUGUCUAAAUAGAUGAGAAAUGACCAAAAGUCAUUAGCACCCAAUUAAUACUUUUUUUUGUGAAACUGUUAAACAUAUAGACAUAAUUUGAAAUUAACCAUGGAAUUGUGAAGUCCUGUUUUUAAGGCUUAACUUUGUAAGAUAAGAUAAUAAACGUCAUUAACCCACAUGGGAAGUGGGUUAGCACAUGAGUGCUACACAUAGAAAACAAGUGCUAACCUUUGAACUAAGACUGGCAAGCCUAUUAAGGAUAGUCUAGGGGGACUGACAUACAUGUAGAGCCAGCCUCAAGUGAGCAUUAAUGAAACUACAGCUUUAUCGUUUCCACAUUGGCUUCAAGCUUUAAUACCUACAACAUGCACACCAAACACCACUAGCUACAGUAACAAUGUUUCUGUUUUGUUUUGUUUCCAUUCUUGCCAAUUGUGAUUUUUUUUACAUGAAUAACACAGAUUUAUAGUUUUCCUAUGACAGUAAGCAGAAAUGUACAGCAUGUGAAAACAGAGCAUGAGUGUUGACAUUUCUUUCAAAUGGCAUGUUUGUGAAAGUUUUUCAAAGUACACUAUGAUAACUUUGUCGUAUAUUUUUGUUCGACUGACAACACAGCCACUAAAGUCAUACUGUCUUAGAGCAGGAGCUGUGAAUCUGUACUGCUAGCCAUUUAUCCCAAAAUGACACAGAGGAUAUGUGCUCAGUUAAAAAACUACUGCAUGACCUGCUGUUUCUGUCUUACGAAUACUAAUAAAGUGUUUGUGAGAAAAAAAA